GUUUUUAUCUCAUAGAGCUUUAGAGAAAGCGAUUUCUAUUGAACGUUCUACACCUUUGCCUCUCGAAGCUCCCGAUUGUUUUAAAGUUAGAUGGUUAGAGAAAAAUUGGGCUGAACUUACAAAAGACGGGAGAGGAGAAGGGAUUACUCCUUUAGAACACCUUGCCAACCAUUUGAAACGAGUCACACUGAAUCAGAUUGCUUGCUCUAAUAUGGAAGGAUUAAGUGCCACAAAGAAAGGAAUUAUGGUUCAAGCAAUAUUGGAUGUUGCUAAUAUGACAUUAUUACAUAACU